UGUCCAAUCAGAACGCGGAUAGAGUAAACCUCAGUUGCAACGUCCUCAUACAAAACUAUAGUGUCUGUUUAAAGAAAGUUUUUUUCAGUCGGGGAAAACACGCCGCUAGAAAAAAAAAGCUGGUUUAGGUGAGUUGUUUCCAACUUAGACGGUUUUUGUCGAACUAUCCGUCUCGGACUAAAUGCUAAAAUGUUUCCGGGUGGCUGGACGUGACCGGAGCGGGACGGUGUGGAGGAAUUAAACCCACUUUGUCGCCUGGCUGUUGUCAGCCUCUUGACUGAUAGCUCUGGCUACUGCUGGGGAAACAAUGCCACGCAGGCACUAAACUUCCUUAAAGUUCGCUCCAUUUCGAGAAUGAAACUCAUGUAGGGUUUAUUUAUUUAUUUAUAUUUAACCUGAAAAUGAUGAAGGUACGAAGAUACCUGCGGGGCAGUGGGAGGGUGCUGGCUUUCGUGUUUGUUGCUUCUGUCAUCUGGCUGCUGUUUGACAUGGCAGCUCUGCGCCUAUCCAUAAACGACGUGAACAGCCAGCUGCUGAGGGAGAGGGUGAUCAGAGAGAAGGAGAUCAUGAUGAUGAAGAAACAACAGCAGCAGUAUAUUGGCUUCACCCAGCCUAAGAGGAGGGGGUUCAAACAUCCAGUGCAGAGGGUGACACAUCCUGGGAAAGUGGAGCACAACCCAGGCAUCAAACUGGACCAAGUCUACAGACAUGAGCUGGAUCCAAAGAUGGAGGUGAAGAAAUCUAACCAGGGGCACGAAGGUCAUGUUCUCAGAAGUGACAAAAACAAAUCUGAUUUAUCUAAAGAAAACAAUGGAGGAGGCCUUCCUAAGAAGAAGGCUGUGAACUUUGAUUUGAAAGUGGCGGUGGCCAAUGUGACCCAAAUGCAGCGAGCUUUCAGGACAAGCAAAAAUGUUUUAAAGGCAGACCUUGAUAAAGCUGCUAAAUCUACACACAGUCCUUCAGACAACAAGGAUUCAAAGACGGGUAAAAAGGUGGAGGAGGAUCUUGUUAAUAAUGGCGUAAAAGUGAGUCAGCCUAGAGCAGAUGAGGCACACCCUGUUAAGACAAUAUCUCAGCAAACACUCGUAAAGGAUGUAGAUAGAAAGGAGGAGGUGAAACUUUCUUCCAAGCCUGAUGUCAACCUCAUGUCAGGAAAUCAUUCCAGCCCUGUCAGAAAGCCGGGGGUCCACAAAGUGCUUUCUCUAGAUGCGACCAAUUCUCCCAGAGACCCCAAUGCCGUCGGCCAGUUCGGCCAGGCGGUGAUCCUCCCCGGCAGCAAAGACGCGGAGGUGAUGAAGAGAUGGGACGAGGGUCAUUUCAACGUCUACCUCAGUGAUCAGAUCCCAGUGGACCGGGCCGUUCCCGACACCAGGCCAGAAUCCUGUGCACAGAGUCUGGUCCAUGACGAUUUGCCCAGCACCACUGUGAUUUUUUGCUUUGUGGAUGAGGUGUGGUCCACGCUCCUUCGCUCUGUGCACAGCGUUCUGAACAGAUCUCCACCACACCUCCUCAAGGAAAUUAUUCUAGUGGAUGAUGCCAGUACUAAAGACUAUCUGAAAGAGCAGCUGGAUAAGUACAUGUCACAGUUCCCCAAAGUGAGAAUCGUUCGCCUCAAAGAACGUCAGGGAUUGAUCCGAGCCAGACUAGCUGGAGCAGCUGUUGCCAAAGGUGAGGUUCUUACCUUUCUCGACUCCCACAUUGAAUGUAAUGUGGGCUGGUUGGAGCCGCUAUUGGAGAGGGUCUAUUUGGAUCGCAAGAAGGUGCCUUGUCCAGUGAUUGAAGUCAUCAGCGAUAAGGACAUGAGUUACAUGCUUGUUGACAACUUCCAAAGAGGGAUUUUUAAGUGGCCUUUGGUGUUUGGCUGGAGCCCAGUACCAGAGAACGUCAUUAAGAAGAACAACAUGAAAGAUACAGAUCCAAUCAGGUGUCCAGUUAUGGCAGGGGGCCUUUUUUCCAUUGACAAAAAGUACUUCUAUGAGCUCGGUGCCUAUGACCCUGGUCUGGAUGUGUGGGGUGGAGAGAACAUGGAGAUUUCAUUUAAGAUCUGGAUGUGUGGAGGAGAGAUUGAAAUCAUCCCCUGUUCUCGUGUGGGACACAUUUUCCGAGGACAGAAUCCCUACAAAUUCCCAAAGGACCGGCAGAAGACAGUGGAGCGUAACCUGGCAAGAGUGGCUGAGGUUUGGCUGGAUGAGUACAAAGACCUUUUUUAUGGCCACGGGUACCAACACCUGCUGGAUAAAAAGGUCAUCAACAUUGGUAACCUGACAGAGCAGAUUGAGCUGAGGAAGAGACUCAAAUGCAAAAGUUUCAAGUGGUACCUGGAGAACGUGUUUCCAGACAUGGAUACUCCUGUUGUCAAAGCUGAGGGCCUGGUCUUUAAUCGUGGCUUGAGAAAAUGCCUUGCACUGAAGAAAGAUUCAUUGUUCUUUGAGAUCUGUGAUCUUAGCAAAACGAACCAGCAAUUUAAUUACACCUGGAUGAAGAACAUCCGGCAGCAGAACCUCUGUAUUGGGUCUCAAAACUCAGGCAGCGGUUUUGCUUUGCUGCCGUGUGACAACACCAAACAUGAACUCCGCUGGUUCUACAAAACCUCGCACUCCACUCUUACGGAGCACCUCAUCUCAGAGUUUGUUCCCAACAUGUGCCUGGAAGCAGAACCUCAGGAUGACUCGGUUCGUCUACGCCCGUGUCAACCCAGCAGCGUCUUCCAAAAGUGGGAGUUCACCCAUUACUACGUAAAAUGAUGAGCUUUAAAAUACUCUGUGGAAACAACUAGUGGCACUACAGCCUUGGACUGUGAUCCAGCCACCAAAACGUGAUGGACUGGAGGAAUACAGAAGCAGAUUUCUGAAAGAUAUUUGUAUAAA